GAGUCCGUUAUUCAGCGCGGCACUCCAACGAAUCCUCCUCUCCGAGUGCGUGUUUCAGCCUGGCACAGUCAUUACGCGGUGAUGUAUACCUGAUUUAUUCAUACAUUGAAAGAAAACUUACAGGAUUUGGACUUUGUAGCUCUUUUUUAUUAAAUAAAAGUUUAUAAAAGUAUAGAGGAAAGAUGGCUUCGGCUGCAUUGGAGCUGCUGGGCUUGACGAUGGCAGUGCUCGGGACCCUGCUGGAGAUGAUCGCCUGCGGGCUGCCCACAUGGAAAGUGACGGCGUACAUCGAAGCCAACAUCGUGGUUUCGCAGACUAUCUGGGACGGUCUGUGGAUGUCCUGCGCAGUCCAGAGCACGGGCCAGAUGCAGUGCAAGGUGCACGACUCGAUGCUGGCGCUCGGCCGCGACCUACAGGUGGCGCGGGCGCUGACUGUGGUCUCGUCGGUGGUGUGCGUGGUGGCGCUGUUGGCGGUGAUCGCCGGCGCCCAGUGCACCAACUGCAUCCGCGCCGAGCGCGUAAAAGCCCGGGUGGUAAACAUCGGCGGCGGGCUUUACCUCAUCAGUGCUUUACUUGUGCUCGUUCCUCUCUGCUGGAUGGCCAGCAACAUCAUCGCAGACUUCUACGACCCGCAUGUACCCACUGCGAAGAAGCGUGAAAUGGGCGCUGCGCUCUACAUCGGCUGGGCAUCUGCGGCACUCCUCAUGCUGGGAGGCGCGUUGCUCUGUUGUUCCUGCCCUCCACCAUCAAACAACGCUGGAUACUCGGUCAACUACGCACCCACCAAACGAGCCACGACGAACGGAGACUAUGACAAGCGGAACUAUGUGUAAAUGUACCAGGAGAGGAGCUGCAGCCAAGUGUAUCUCCAACAACAUACCAUCCGGACCAGUAGGAUUUCCACCAUCCACUACAAGGGAAUCAGGAGUGAUGACCCCAGUUAGUCCUACAUUAUAUCAGCCUCAAUAAUUGCAAAAUUAAAGAUCAGAUUUGUAUUCUUUGAAAAGAACCCUCAUGGGUUCAGGAAAUGGGUUAUGCUUAGAGCCCUCCCAAGGCUCCAUAUAGACUACAAACUUUGACUUUUUAAUAUGAACAAAUGAAAUUUUUCUUACAUUACAUUAAAAUGUUUACUCAGCCUCAGUGAUUCCAAAAUUAAAGAUCAGAUUUGUAUUAUUUGAAAAGAACCCUCAUGGGUUCUUGUAAUGAGUUAUACUUGGAGUUCUCCCAUGAGCUCUGAAUCGACUACAAACUUUGACGUUUCAGUAUGAACAAAUAAAAUGUUUUUACAUUACAUUAAAAGGUUUAAUCAGCCUCAGUGAUUGCAAA